AUGGAGAAUCAGGGAAGAACGGUGAAACAGGGAGACACGAGGAAAGAAGGGGACAUGGGGAAACAAGGGGACGUGGGGAAACAAGGGGACGUGGGGAAACAAGGGGACGUGGGGAAACAAGGGGACGUGGGGAAACAAGGGGACGUGGGGCUCAAGCCUGGAGCCAUCCGGCAGGAGCGCUCAAGCCUGGAGCCAUCCGUCAGGAGCGCUCAAGCCUGGAGCCAUCCGUCAGGAGCGCUCAAGCCUGGAGCCAUCCGUCAGGAGCGCUCAAGCCUGGAGCCAUCCGUCAGGAGCGCUCAAGCCUGGAGCCAUCCGUCAAGAGCGCUCAAGCCUGGAGCCAUCCGUCAAGAGCGCUCAAGCCUGGAGCCAUCCGCCAGGAGCGCUCAAGCCUGGAGCCAUCCGUCAGGAGCGCUCAAGCCUGGAGCCAUCCGUCAGGAGCGCUCAAGCCUGGAGCCAUCCGUCAGGAGCGCUCAAGCCUGGAGCCAUCCGUCAGGAGCGCUCAAGCCUGGAGCCAUCCGUCAGGAGCGCUCAAGCCUGGAGCCAUCCGUCAGGAGCGCUCAAGCCUGGAGCCAUCCGUCAGGAGCGCUCAAGCCUGGAGCCAUCCGUCAGGAGCGCUCAAGCCUGGAGCCAUCCGUCAGGAGCGCUCAAGCCUGGAGCCAUCCGUCAGGAGCGCUCAAGCCUGGAGCCAUCCGUCAGGAGCGCUCAAGCCUGGAGCCAUCCGUCAGGAGCGCUCAAGCCUGGAGCCAUCCGUCAGGAGCGCUCAAGCCUGGAGCCAUCCGUCAGGAGCGCUCAAGCCUGGAGCCAUCCGUCAGGAGCGCUCAAGCCUGGAGCCAUCCGUCAGGAGCGCUCAAGCCUGGAGCCAUCCGUCAGGAGCGCUCAAGCCUGGAGCCAUCCGUCAGGAGCGCUCAAGCCUGGAGCCAUCCGUCAGGAGCGCUCAAGCCUGGAGCCAUCCGUCAGGAGCGCUCAAGCCUGGAGCCAUCCGUCAGGAGCGCUCAAGCCUGGAGCCGUCAGUCAGGAGCGCUCAAGCCUGGAGCCAUCCGUCAGGAGCGCUCAAGCCUGGAGCCGUCAGUCAGGAGCGCUCAAGCCUGGAGCCGUCAGUCAGGAGCGCUCAAGCCUGGAGCCAUCCGUCAGGAGCGCUCAAGCCUGGAGCCAGCCUGGAGCCAUCCGUCAGGAGCGCUCAAGCCUGGAGCCAUCCGUCAGGAGCGCUCAAGCCUGGAGCCAUCCGUCAGGAGCGCUCAAGCCUGGAGCCGUCCGUCAGGAGCGCUCAAGCCUGGAGCAGUCAGUCAGGAGCGCUCAAGCCUGGAGCCGUCAGUCAGGAGCGCUCAAGCCUGGAGCCAUCCGUCAGGAGCGCUCAAGCCUGGAGCCGUCCGUCAGGAGCGCUCAAGCCUGGAGCCGUCCGUCAGGAGCGCUCAAGCCUGGAGCCGUCUGUCAGGAGCGCUCAAGCCUGGAGCCGUCCGUCAGGAGCGCUCAAGCCUGGAGCCGUCCGUCAGGAGCGCUCAAGCCUGGAGCCCUCCGUCAGGAGCGCUCAAGCCUGGAGCCAUCCGCCAGGAGCGCUCAAGCCUGGAGCCAUCCGCCAGGAGCGCUCAAGCCUGGAGCCGUCCGCCAGGAGCGCUCAAGCCUGGAGCCAUCCGUGAGGAGCGCUCAAGCCUGGAGCCAUCCGAGCGCUCAAGCCUGGAGCCGUCAGUCAGGAGCGCUCAAGCCUGGAGCCAUCCGUCAGGAGCGCUCAAGCCUGGAGCCAUCCGUCAGGAGCGCUCAAGCCUGGAGCCAUCCGUCAGGAGCGCUCAAGCCUGGAGCCAUCCGUCAGGAGCGCUCAAGCCUGGAGCCAUCCGUCAGGAGCGCUCAAGCCUGGAGCCAUCCGUCAGGAGCGCUCAAGCCUGGAGCCAUCCGUCAGGAGCGCUCAAGCCUGGAGCCAUCCGUAAGGAGCGCUCAAGCCUGGAGCCAUCCGUCAGGAGCACUCAAGCCUGGAGCCAUCCGUCAGGAGCGCUCAAGCCUGGAGCCAUCCGUCAGGAGCGCUCAAGCCUGGAGCCGUCAGUCAAGAGCGCUCAAGCCUGGAGCCAUCCGUCAGGAGCGCUCAAGCCUGGAGCCAUCCGUCAGGAGCGCUCAAGCCUGGAGCCAUCCGUCAGGAGCGCUCAAGCCUGGAGCCAUCCGUCAGGAGCGCUCAAGCCUGGAGCCAUCCGUCAGGAGCGCUCAAGCCUGGAGCCAUCCGUCAGGAGCGCUCAAGCCUGGAGCCAUCCGUCAGGAGCGCUCAAGCCUGGAGCCAUCCGUCAGGAGCGCUCAAGCCUGGAGCCAUCCGUCAGGAGCGCUCAAGCCUGGAGCCAUCCGUCAGGAGCGCUCAAGCCUGGAGCCAUCCGUCAGGAGCGCUCAAGCCUGGAGCCAUCCGUCAGGAGCGCUCAAGCCUGGAGCCAUCCGUCAGGAGCGCUCAAGCCUGGAGCCAUCCGUCAGGAGCGCUCAAGCCUGGAGCCAUCCGUCAGGAGCGCUCAAGCCUGGAGCCAUCCGUCAGGAGCGCUCAAGCCUGGAGCCAUCCGUCAGGAGCGCUCAAGCCUGGAGCCAUCCGUCAGGAGCGCUCAAGCCUGGAGCCAUCCGUCAGGAGCGCUCAAGCCUGGAGCCAUCCGUCAGGAGCGCUCAAGGCUGGAGCCAUCCGUCAGGAGCGCUCAAGGCUGGAGCCAUCCGUCAGGAGCGCUCAAGCCUGGAGCCAUCCGUCAGGAGCGCUCAAGCCUGGAGCCGUCAGUCAGGAGCGCUCAAGCCUGGAGCCAUCCGUCAGGAGCGCUCAAGCCUGGAGCCGUCAGUCAGGAGCGCUCAAGCCUGGAGCCGUCAGUCAGGAGCGCUCAAGCCUGGAGCCAUCCGUCAGGAGCGCUCAAGCCUGGAGCCAGCCUGGAGCCAUCCGUCAGGAGCGCUCAAGCCUGGAGCCAUCCGUCAGGAGCGCUCAAGCCUGGAGCCAUCCGUCAGGAGCGCUCAAGCCUGGAGCCGUCCGUCAGGAGCGCUCAAGCCUGGAUCAGUCAGUCAGGAGCGCUCAAGCCUGGAGCCGUCAGUCAGGAGCGCUCAAGCCUGGAGCCAUCCGUCAGGAGCGCUCAAGCCUGGAGCCGUCCGUCAGGAGCGCUCAAGCCUGGAGCCGUCCGUCAGGAGCGCUCAAGCCUGGAGCCGUCUGUCAGGAGCGCUCAAGCCUGGAGCCGUCCGUCAGGAGCGCUCAAGCCUGGAGCCGUCCGUCAGGAGCGCUCAAGCCUGGAGCCAUCCGUCAGGAGCGCUCAAGCCUGGAGCCAUCCGCCAGGAGCGCUCAAGCCUGGAGCCAUCCGCCAGGAGCGCUCAAGCCUGGAGCCAUCCGCCAGGAGCGCUCAAGCCUGGAGCCGUCCGCCAGGAGCGCUCAAGCCUGGAGCCAUCCGUGAGGAGCGCUCAAGCCUGGAGCCAUCCUCAGGAGCGCUCAAGCCUGGAGCCAUCCGUCAGGAGCGCUCAAGCCUGGAGCCAUCCGUCAGGAGCGCUCAAGCCUGGAGCCAUCCGUCAGGAGCGCUCAAGCCUGGAGCCAUCCGUCAGGAGCGCUCAAGCCUGGAGCCAUCCGUCAGGAGCGCUCAAGCCUGGAGCCAUCCGUCAGGAGCGCUCAAGCCUGGAGCCAUCCGUCAGGAGCGCUCAAGCCUGGAGCCAUCCGUAAGGAGCGCUCAAGCCUGGAGCCAUCCGUCAGGAGCACUCAAGCCUGGAGCCAUCCGUCAGGAGCGCUCAAGCCUGGAGCCAUCCGUCAGGAGCGCUCAAGCCUGGAGCCAUCCGUCAGGAGCGCUCAAGCCUGGAGCCAUCCGUCAGGAGCGCUCAAGCCUGGAGCCAUCCGUCAGGAGCGCUCAAGCCUGGAGCCAUCCGUCAGGAGCGCUCAAGCCUGGAGCCAUCCGUCAGGAGCGCUCAAGCCUGGAGCCAUCCGUCAGGAGCGCUCAAGCCUGGAGCCAUCCGUCAGGAGCGCUCAAGCCUGGAGCCGUCAGUCAGGAGCGCUCAAGCCUGGAGCCGUCAGUCAGGAGCGCUCAAGCCUGGAGCCAUCCGUCAGGAGCGCUCAAGCCUGGAGCCAUCCGUCAGGAGCGCUCAAGCCUGGAGCCAUCCGUCAGGAGCGCUCAAGCCUGGAGCCAUCCGUCAGGAGCGCUCAAGCCUGGAGCCAUCCGUCAGGAGCGCUCAAGCCUGGAGCCAUCCGUCAGGAGCGCUCAAGCCUGGAGCCGUCAGUCAGGAGCGCUCAAGCCUGGAGCCAUCCGUCAGGAGCGCUCAAGCCUGGAGCCGUCAGUCAGGAGCGCUCAAGCCUGGAGCCAUCCGUCAGGAGCGCUCAAGCCUGGAGCCAUCCGUCAGGAGCGCUCAAGCCUGGAGCCGUCCGUCAGGAGCGCUCAAGCCUGGAGCAGUCAGUCAGGAGCGCUCAAGCCUGGAGCCGUCAGUCAGGAGCGCUCAAGCCUGGAGCCAUCCGUCAGGAGCGCUCAAGCCUGGAGCCAUCCGUCAGGAGCGCUCAAGCCUGGAGCCAUCCGUCAGGAGCGCUCAAGCCUGGAGCCAUCCGUCAGGAGCGCUCAAGCCUGGAGCCAUCCGUCAGGAGCGCUCAAGCCUGGAGCCAUCCGUCAGGAGCGCUCAAGCCUGGAGCCAUCCGUCAGGAGCGCUCAAGCCUGGAGCCAUCCGUCAGGAGCGCUCAAGCCUGGAGCCAUCCGUCAGGAGCGCUCAAGCCUGGAGCCAUCCGUCAGGAGCGCUCAAGCCUGGAGCCAUCCGUCAGGAGCGCUCAAGCCUGGAGCCAUCCGUCAGGAGCGCUCAAGCCUGGAGCCAUCCGUCAGGAGCGCUCAAGCCUGGAGCCAUCCGUCAGGAGCGCUCAAGCCUGGAGCCAUCCGUCAGGAGCGCUCAAGCCUGGAGCCAUCCGUCAGGAGCGCUCAAGCCUGGAGCCAUCCGUCAGGAGCGCUCAAGCCUGGAGCCAUCCGUCAGGAGCGCUCAAGCCUGGAGCCGUCAGUCAGGAGCGCUCAAGCCUGGAGCCAUCCGUCAGGAGCGCUCAAGCCUGGAGCCGUCAGUCAGGAGCGCUCAAGCCUGGAGCCGUCAGUCAGGAGCGCUCAAGCCUGGAGCCAUCCGUCAGGAGCGCUCAAGCCUGGAGCCAGCCUGGAGCCAUCCGUCAGGAGCGCUCAAGCCUGGAGCCAUCCGUCAGGAGCGCUCAAGCCUGGAGCCAUCCGUCAGGAGCGCUCAAGCCUGGAGCCGUCCGUCAGGAGCGCUCAAGCCUGGAGCAGUCAGUCAGGAGCGCUCAAGCCUGGAGCCGUCAGUCAGGAGCGCUCAAGCCUGGAGCCAUCCGUCAGGAGCGCUCAAGCCUGGAGCCGUCCGUCAGGAGCGCUCAAGCCUGGAGCCGUCCGUCAGGAGCGCUCAAGCCUGGAGCCGUCUGUCAGGAGCGCUCAAGCCUGGAGCCGUCCGUCAGGAGCGCUCAAGCCUGGAGCCGUCCGUCAGGAGCGCUCAAGCCUGGAGCCCUCCGUCAGGAGCGCUCAAGCCUGGAGCCAUCCGCCAGGAGCGCUCAAGCCUGGAGCCAUCCGCCAGGAGCGCUCAAGCCUGGAGCCGUCCGCCAGGAGCGCUCAAGCCUGGAGCCAUCCCCGUCAGUCAGGAGCGCUCAAGCCUGGAGCCGUCAGUCAGGAGCGCUCAAGCCUGGAGCCAUCCGUCAGGAGCGCUCAAGCCUGGAGCCAUCCGUCAGGAGCGCUCAAGCCUGGAGCCAUCCGUCAGGAGCGCUCAAGCCUGGAGCCAUCCGUCAGGAGCGCUCAAGCCUGGAGCCAUCCGUCAGGAGCGCUCAAGCCUGGAGCCAUCCGUCAGGAGCGCUCAAGCCUGGAGCCAUCCGUCAGGAGCGCUCAAGCCUGGAGCCAUCCGUCAGGAGCGCUCAAGCCUGGAGCCAUCCGUCAGGAGCGCUCAAGCCUGGAGCCAGUCCGUCAGGAGCGCUCAAGCCUGGAGCCAUCCGUCAGGAGCGCUCAAGCCUGGAGCCAUCCGUCAGGAGCGCUCAAGCCUGGAGCCAUCCGUGAGGAGCGCUCAAGCCUGGAGCCAUCCGUCAGGAGCGCUCAAGCCUGGAGCCAUCCGUCAGGAGCGCUCAAGCCUGGAGCCAUCCGUCAGGAGCGCUCAAGCCUGGAGCCAUCCGUCAGGAGCGCUCAAGCUUGGAGCCAUCCGUCAGGAGCGCUCAAGCCUGGAGCCAUCCGUCAGGAGCGCUCAAGCCUGGAGCCAUCCGUCAGGAGCGCUCAAGCCUGGAGCCAUCCGUCAGGAGCGCUCAAGCCUGGAGCCAUCCGUCAGGAGCGCUCAAGCCUGGAGCCAUCCGUCAGGAGCGCUCAAGCCUGGAGCCAUCCGUCAGGAGCGCUCAAGCCUGGAGCCAUCCGUCAGGAGCGCUCAAGCCUGGAGCCAUCCGUCAGGAGCGCUCAAGCCUGGAGCCAUCCGUCAGGAGCGCUCAAGCCUGGAGCCAUCCGUCAGGAGCUCUCAAGCCUGGAGCCAUCCGUCAGGAGCGCUCAAGCCUGGAGCCAUCCGUCAGGAGCGCUCAAGCCUGGAGCCAUCCGUCAGGAGCGCUCAAGCCUGGAGCCAUCCGUCAGGAGCGCUCAAGGCUGGAGCCAUCCGUCAGGAGCGCUCAAGGCUGGAGCCAUCCGUCAGGAGCGCUCAAGCCUGGAGCCAUCCGUCAGGAGCGCUCAAGCCUGGAGCCGUCAGUCAGGAGCGCUCAAGCCUGGAGCCAUCCGUCAGGAGCGCUCAAGCCUGGAGCCGUCAGUCAGGAGCGCUCAAGCCUGGAGCCGUCAGUCAGGAGCGCUCAAGCCUGGAGCCAUCCGUCAGGAGCGCUCAAGCCUGGAGCCAGCCUGGAGCCAUCCGUCAGGAGCGCUCAAGCCUGGAGCCAUCCGUCAGGAGCGCUCAAGCCUGGAGCCAUCCGUCAGGAGCGCUCAAGCCUGGAGCCGUCCGUCAGGAGCGCUCAAGCCUGGAGCAGUCAGUCAGGAGCGCUCAAGCCUGGAGCCGUCAGUCAGGAGCGCUCAAGCCUGGAGCCAUCCGUCAGGAGCGCUCAAGCCUGGAGCCGUCCGUCAGGAGCGCUCAAGCCUGGAGCCGUCCGUCAGGAGCGCUCAAGCCUGGAGCCGUCUGUCAGGAGCGCUCAAGCCUGGAGCCGUCCGUCAGGAGCGCUCAAGCCUGGAGCCGUCCGUCAGGAGCGCUCAAGCCUGGAGCCAUCCGUCAGGAGCGCUCAAGCCUGGAGCCAUCCGCCAGGAGCGCUCAAGCCUGGAGCCAUCCGCCAGGAGCGCUCAAGCCUGGAGCCAUCCGCCAGGAGCGCUCAAGCCUGGAGCCGUCCGCCAGGAGCGCUCAAGCCUGGAGCCAUCCCCUGGAGCCGUCAGUCAGGAGCGCUCAAGCCUGGAGCCGUCAGUCAGGAGCGCUCAAGCCUGGAGCCAUCCGUCAGGAGCGCUCAAGCCUGGAGCCAUCCGUCAGGAGCGCUCAAGCCUGGAGCCAUCCGUCAGGAGCGCUCAAGCCUGGAGCCAUCCGUCAGGAGCGCUCAAGCCUGGAGCAGUCAGUCAGGAGCGCUCAAGCCUGGAGCCGUCAGUCAGGAGCGCUCAAGCCUGGAGCCAUCCGUCAGGAGCGCUCAAGCCUGGAGCCAUCCGUCAGGAGCGCUCAAGCCUGGAGCCAUCCGUCAGGAGCGCUCAAGCCUGGAGCCAUCCGUCAGGAGCGCUCAAGCCUGGAGCCAUCCGUCAGGAGCGCUCAAGCCUGGAGCCAUCCGUCAGGAGCGCUCAAGCCUGGAGCCGUCAGUCAGGAGCGCUCAAGCCUGGAGCCAUCCGGCAGGAGCGCUCAAGCCUGGAGCCAUCCGUCAGGAGCGCUCAAGCCUGGAGCCGUCAGUCAGGAGCGCUCAAGCCUGGAGCCAUCCGUCAGGAGCGCUCAAGCCUGGAGCCAUCCGUCAGGAGCGCUCAAGCCUGGAGCCAUCCGUCAGGAGCGCUCAAGCCUGGAGCCAUCCGUCAGGAGCGCUCAAGCCUGGAGCCAUCCGUCAGGAGCGCUCAAGCCUGGAGCCAUCCGUCAGGAGCGCUCAAGCCUGGAGCCAUCCGUCAGGAGCGCUCAAGGCUGGAGCCAUCCGUCAGGAGCGCUCAAGCCUGGAGCCAUCCGUCAGGAGCGCUCAAGCCUGGAGCCAUCCGUCAGGAGCGCUCAAGCCUGGAGCCAUCCGUCAGGAGCGCUCAAGCCUGGAGCCAUCCGUCAGGAGCGCUCAAGCCUGGAGCCAUCCGUCAGGAGCGCUCAAGCCUGGAGCCAUCCGUCAGGAGCGCUCAAGCCUGGAGCCAUCCGUCAGGAGCGCUCAAGCCUGGAGCCAUCCGUCAGGAGCGCUCAAGCCUGGAGCCAUCCGUCAGGAGCGCUCAAGCCUGGAGCCGUCAGUCAGGAGCGCUCAAGCCUGGAGCCAUCCGUCAGGAGCGCUCAAGCCUGGAGCCGUCAGUCAGGAGCGCUCAAGCCUGGAGCCGUCAGUCAGGAGCGCUCAAGCCUGGAGCCAUCCGUCAGGAGCGCUCAAGCCUGGAGCCAGCCUGGAGCCAUCCGUCAGGAGCGCUCAAGCCUGGAGCCAUCCGUCAGGAGCGCUCAAGCCUGGAGCCAUCCGUCAGGAGCGCUCAAGCCUGGAGCCGUCCGUCAGGAGCGCUCAAGCCUGGAGCAGUCAGUCAGGAGCGCUCAAGCCUGGAGCCGUCAGUCAGGAGCGCUCAAGCCUGGAGCCAUCCGUCAGGAGCGCUCAAGCCUGGAGCCGUCCGUCAGGAGCGCUCAAGCCUGGAGCCGUCCGUCAGGAGCGCUCAAGCCUGGAGCCGUCUGUCAGGAGCGCUCAAGCCUGGAGCCGUCCGUCAGGAGCGCUCAAGCCUGGAGCCGUCCGUCAGGAGCGCUCAAGCCUGGAGCCCUCCGUCAGGAGCGCUCAAGCCUGGAGCCAUCCGCCAGGAGCGCUCAAGCCUGGAGCCAUCCGCCAGGAGCGCUCAAGCCUGGAGCCGUCCGCCAGGAGCGCUCAAGCCUGGAGCCAUCCGUGAGGAGCGCUCAAGCCUGGAGCCAUCCUCAGGAGCGCUCAAGCCUGGAGCCAUCCGUCAGGAGCGCUCAAGCCUGGAGCCAUCCGUCAGGAGCGCUCAAGCCUGGAGCCAUCCGUCAGGAGCGCUCAAGCCUGGAGCCAUCCGUCAGGAGCGCUCAAGCCUGGAGCCAUCCGUCAGGAGCGCUCAAGCCUGGAGCCAUCCGUCAGGAGCGCUCAAGCCUGGAGCCAUCCGUCAGGAGCGCUCAAGCCUGGAGCCAUCCGUAAGGAGCGCUCAAGCCUGGAGCCAUCCGUCAGGAGCGCUCAAGGCUGGAGCCAUCCGUCAGGAGCGCUCAAGCCUGGAGCCAUCCGUCAGGAGCGCUCAAGCCUGGAGCCGUCAGUCAAGAGCGCUCAAGCCUGGAGCCAUCCGUCAGGAGCGCUCAAGCCUGGAGCCAUCCGUCAGGAGCGCUCAAGCCUGGAGCCAUCCGUCAGGAGCGCUCAAGCCUGGAGCCAUCCGUCAGGAGCGCUCAAGCCUGGAGCCAUCCGUCAGGAGCGCUCAAGCCUGGAGCCAUCCGUCAGGAGCGCUCAAGCCUGGAGCCAUCCGUCAGGAGCGCUCAAGCCUGGAGCCAUCCGUCAGGAGCGCUCAAGCCUGGAGCCAUCCGUCAGGAGCGCUCAAGCCUGGAGCCAUCCGUCAGGAGCGCUCAAGCCUGGAGCCAUCCGUCAGGAGCGCUCAAGCCUGGAGCCAUCCGUCAGGAGCGCUCAAGCCUGGAGCCAUCCGUCAGGAGCGCUCAAGCCUGGAGCCAUCCGUCAGGAGCGCUCAAGCCUGGAGCCAUCCGUCAGGAGCGCUCAAGCCUGGAGCCAUCCGUCAGGAGCGCUCAAGCCUGGAGCCAUCCGUCAGGAGCGCUCAAGCCUGGAGCCAUCCGUCAGGAGCGCUCAAGGCUGGAGCCAUCCGUCAGGAGCGCUCAAGGCUGGAGCCAUCCGUCAGGAGCGCUCAAGCCUGGAGCCAUCCGUCAGGAGCGCUCAAGCCUGGAGCCGUCAGUCAGGAGCGCUCAAGCCUGGAGCCAUCCGUCAGGAGCGCUCAAGCCUGGAGCCGUCAGUCAGGAGCGCUCAAGCCUGGAGCCGUCAGUCAGGAGCGCUCAAGCCUGGAGCCAUCCGUCAGGAGCGCUCAAGCCUGGAGCCAGCCUGGAGCCAUCCGUCAGGAGCGCUCAAGCCUGGAGCCAUCCGUUAGGAGCGCUCAAGCCUGGAGCCAUCCGUCAGGAGCGCUCAAGCCUGGAGCCGUCCGUCAGGAGCGCUCAAGCCUGGAGCAGUCAGUCAGGAGCGCUCAAGCCUGGAGCCGUCAGUCAGGAGCGCUCAAGCCUGGAGCCAUCCGUCAGGAGCGCUCAAGCCUGGAGCCGUCCGUCAGGAGCGCUCAAGCCUGGAGCCGUCCGUCAGGAGCGCUCAAGCCUGGAGCCGUCUGUCAGGAGCGCUCAAGCCUGGAGCCGUCCGUCAGGAGCGCUCAAGCCUGGAGCCGUCCGUCAGGAGCGCUCAAGCCUGGAGCCAUCCGUCAGGAGCGCUCAAGCCUGGAGCCAUCCGCCAGGAGCGCUCAAGCCUGGAGCCAUCCGCCAGGAGCGCUCAAGCCUGGAGCCAUCCGCCAGGAGCGCUCAAGCCUGGAGCCGUCCGCCAGGAGCGCUCAAGCCUGGAGCCAUCCUCAGGAGCGCUCAAGCCUGGAGCCGUCAGUCAGGAGCGCUCAAGCCUGGAGCCAUCCGUCAGGAGCGCUCAAGCCUGGAGCCAUCCGUCAGGAGCGCUCAAGCCUGGAGCCAUCCGUCAGGAGCGCUCAAGCCUGGAGCCAUCCGUCAGGAGCGCUCAAGCCUGGAGCCAUCCGUCAGGAGCGCUCAAGCCUGGAGCCAUCCGUCAGGAGCGCUCAAGCCUGGAGCCAUCCGUCAGGAGCGCUCAAGCCUGGAGCCAUCCAUAAGGAGCGCUCAAGCCUGGAGCCAUCCGUCAGGAGCACUCAAGCCUGGAGCCAUCGUCAGGAGCGCUCAAGCCUGGAGCCAUCCGUCAGGAGCGCUCAAGCCUGGAGCCAUCCGUCAGGAGCGCUCAAGCCUGGAGCCAUCCGUCAGGAGCGCUCAAGCCUGGAGCCAUCCGUCAGGAGCGCUCAAGCCUGGAGCCAUCCGUCAGGAGCGCUCAAGCCUGGAGCCAUCCGUCAGGAGCGCUCAAGCCUGGAGCCAUCCGUAAGGAGCGCUCAAGCCUGGAGCCAUCCGUCAGGAGCGCUCAAGCCUGGAGCCAUCCGUCAGGAGCGCUCAAGCCUGGAGCCAUCCGUCAGGAGCGCUCAAGCCUGGAGCCAUCCGUCAGGAGCGCUCAAGCCUGGAGCCAUCCGUCAGGAGCGCUCAAGCCUGGAGCCAUCCGUCAGGAGCGCUCAAGCCUGGAGCCAUCCGUCAGGAGCGCUCAAGCCUGGAGCCAUCCGUCAGGAGCGCUCAAGCCUGGAGCCAUCCGUCAGGAGCGCUCAAGCCUGGAGCCAUCCGUCAGGAGCGCUCAAGCCUGGAGCCAUCCGUCAGGAGCGCUCAAGCCUGGAGCCAUCCGUCAGGAGCGCUCAAGCCUGGAGCCAUCCGUCAGGAGCGCUCAAGCCUGGAGCCGUCAGUGAGGAGCGCUCAAGCCUGGAGCCAUCCGUCAGGAGCGCUCAAGCCUGGAGCCAUCCGUCAGGAGCGCUCAAGCCUGGAGCCAUCCGUCAGGAGCGCUCAAGCCUGGAGCCAUCCGUCAGGAGCGCUCAAGCCUGGAGCCAUCCGUCAGGAGCGCUCAAGCCUGGAGCCAUCCGUCAGGAGCGCUCAAGCCUGGAGCCAUCCGUCAGGAGCGCUCAAGCCUGGAGCCAUCCGUCAGGAGCGCUCAAGCCUGGAGCCAUCCGUCAGGAGCGCUCAAGCCUGGAGCCAUCCGUCAGGAGCGCUCAAGCCUGGAGCCAUCCGUCAGGAGCGCUCAAGCCUGGAGCCAUCCGUCAGGAGCGCUCAAGCCUGGAGCCAUCCGUCAGGAGCGCUCAAGCCUGGAGCCAUCCGUCAGGAGCGCUCAAGCCUGGAGCCAUCCGAGCGCUCAAGCCUGGAGCCGUCCGUCAGGAACGCUCAAGCCUGGAGCCGUCCGUCAGGAGCGCUCAAGCCUGGAGCCAUCCGUCAGGAGCGCUCAAGCCUGGAGCCGUCAGUCAGGAGCGCUCAAGCCUGGAGCCAUCCGUCAGGAGCGCUCAAGCCUGGAGCCAUCCGUCAGGAGCGCUCAAGCCUGGAGCCAUCCGUCAGGAGCGCUCAAGCCUGGAGCCAUCCGUCAGGAGCGCUCAAGCCUGGAGCCAUCCGUCAGGAGCGCUCAAGCCUGGAGCCAUCCGUCAGGAGCGCUCAAGCCUGGAGCCAUCCGUAAGGAGCGCUCAAGCCUGGAGCCAUCCGUCAGGAGCACUCAAGCCUGGAGCCAUCCGUGAGGAGCGCUCAAGCCUGGAGCCAUCCGUCAGGAGCGCUCAAGCCUGGAGCCGUCAGUCAGGAGCGCUCAAGCCUGGAGCCAUCCGUCAGGAGCGCUCAAGCCUGGAGCCAUCCGUCAGGAGCGCUCAAGCCUGGAGCCAUCCGUCAGGAGCGCUCAAGCCUGGAGCCAUCCGUCAGGAGCGCUCAAGCCUGGAGCCGUCAGUCAGGAGCGCUCAAGCCUGGAGCCAUCCGUCAGGAGCGCUCAAGCCUGGAGCCGUCAGUCAGGAGCGCUCAAGCCUGGAGCCAUCCGUCAGGAGCGCUCAAGCCUGGAGCCAUCUGUCAGGAGCGCUCAAGCCUGGAGCCAUCCGAGCGCUCAAGCCUGGAGCCGUCCGUCAGGAGCGCUCAAGCCUGGAGCCAUCCGUCAGGAGCGCUCAAGCCUGGAGCCAUCCGUCAGGAGCGUUCAAGCCUGGAGCCAUCCGUCAGGAGCGCUCAAGCCUGGAGCCAUCCGUCAGGAGCGCUCAAGCCUGGAGCCAUCCGUCAGGAGCGCUCAAGCCUGGAGCCAUCCGUCAGGAGCGCUCAAGCCUGGAGCCCUCCGUCAGGAGCGCUCAAGCCUGGAGCCAUCCGUCAGGAGCGCUCAAGCCUGGAGCCCUCCGUCAGGAGUGCUCAAGCCUGGAGCCGUCAGUCAGGAGCGCUCAAGCCUGGAGCCAUCCGUCAGGAGCGCUCAAGCCUGGAGCCAUCCGUCAGGAGCGCUCAAGCCUGGAGCCAUCCGUCAGGAGCGCUCAAGCCUGGAGCCAUCCGUCAGGAGCGCUCAAGCCUGGAGCCAUCCGUCAGGAGCGCUCAAGCCUGGAGCCAUCCGUCAGGAGCGCUCAAGCCUGGAGCCAUCCGUCAGGAGCGCUCAAGCCUGGAGCCAUCCGUCAGGAGCGCUCAAGCCUGGAGCCCUCCGUCAGGAGCGCUCAAGCCUGGAGCCCUCCGUCAGGAGCGCUCAAGCUUGGAGCCAUCCGUCAGGAGCGCUCAAGCCUGGAGCCAUCCGUCAGGAGCGCUCAAGCCUGGAGCCAUCCGUCAGGAGCGCUCAAGCCUGGAGCCAUCCGUCAGGAGCGCUCAAGCCUGGAGCCGUCAGUCAGGAGCGCUCAAGCCUGGAGCCAUCCGUCAGGAGCGCUCAAGCCUAGAGCCAUCCGUCAGGAGCGCUCAAGCCUGGAGCCCUCCGUCCGGAGCGCUCAAGCCUGGAGCCAUCCGUCAGGAGCGCUCAAGCCUGGAGCCAUCCGUCAGGAGCGCUCAAGCCUGGAGCCAUCCCCUGGAGCCAUCCGUGAGGAGCGCUCAAGCCUGGAGCCAUCCGUCAGGAGCGCUCAAGCCUGGAGCCAUCCGUCAGGAGCGCUCAAGCUUGGAGCCGUCCGUCAGGAGCGCUCAAGCCUGGAGCCGUCCGUCAGGAGCGCUCAAGCCUGGAGCCGUCCGUCAGGAGCGCUCAAGCCUGGAGCCAUCCGUCAGGAGCGCUCAAGCCUGGAGCCAUCCGUCAGGAGCGCUCAAGCCUGGAGCCAUCCGUCAGGAGCGCUCAAGCCCGGAGCCAUCCGUCAGGAGCGCUCAAGCCUGGAGCCAUCCGUCAGGAGCGCUCAAGCCUGGAGCCAUCCGUCAGGAGCGCUCAAGCCCGGAGCCAUCCGUCAGGAGCGCUCAAGCCUGGAGCCAUCCGUCAGGAGCGCUCAAGCCUGGAGCCAUCCGUCAGGAGCGCUCAAGCCUGGAGCCAUCCGUCAGGAGCGCUCAAGCCUGGAGCCAUCCGUCAGGAGCGCUCAAGCCUGGAGCCAUCCGUCAGGAGCGCUCAAGCCUGGAGCCAUCCGUCAGGAGCGCUCAAGCCUGGAGCCAUCCCCUGGAGCCAUCCGUGAGGAGCGCUCAAGCCUGGAGCCAUCCGUCAGGAGCGCUCAAGCCUGGAGCCAUCCGUCAGGAGCGCUCAAGCCUGGAGCCAUCCUGAGGAGCGCUCAAGCCUGGAGCCAUCCGUCAGGAGCGCUCAAGCCUGGAGCCAUCCGUCAGGAGCGCUCAAGCCUGGAGCCAUCCGUCAGGAGCGCUCAAGCCUGGAGCCAUCCGUCAGGAGCGCUCAAGCCUGGAGCCGUCCGUCAGGAGCGCUCAAGCCUGGAGCCAUCCGUCAGGAGCGCUCAAGCCUGGAGCCAUCCGUCAGGAGCGCUCAAGCCUGGAGCCAUCCGUGAGGAGCGCUCAAGCCUGGAGCCGUCAGUCAGGAGCGCUCAAGCCUGGAGCCAUCCGUCAGGAGCGCUCAAGCCUGGAGCCAUCCGUCAGGAGCGCUCAAGCCUGGAGCCGUCAGUCAGGAGCGCUCAAGCCUGGAGCCAUCCGUCAUUAGCGCUCAAGCCUGGAGCCAUCCGUCAGGAGCGCUCAAGCCUGGAGCCAUCCGUCAGGAGCGCUCAAGCCUGGAGCCAUCCGUCAGGAGCGCUCAAGCCUGGAGCCGUCCGUCAUGAGCGCUCAAGCCUGGAGCCAUCCGUCAGGAGCGCUCAAGCCUGGAGCCAUCCGUCAGGAGCGCUCAAGCCUGGAGCCGUCAGUCAGGAGCGCUCAAGCCUGGAGCCGUCAGUCAGGAGCGCUCAAGCCUGGAGCCAUCCGUCAGGAGCGCUCAAGCCUGGAGCCAUCCGAGCGCUCAAGCCUGGAGCCAUCCGUCAGGAGCGCUCAAGCCUGGAGCCAUCCGUCAGGAGCGCUCAAGCCUGGAGCCAUCCGUCAGGAGCGCUCAAGCCUGGAGCCAUCCGUCAGGAGCGCUCAAGCCUGGAGCCGUCAGUCAGGAGCGCUCAAGCCUGGAGCCAUCCGUCAGGAGCGCUCAAGCCUGGAGCCGUCAGUCAGGAGCGCUCAAGCCUGGAGCCAUCCGUCAGGAGCGCUCAAGCCUGGAGCCGUCAGUCAGGAGCGCUCAAGCCUGGAGCCAUCCGUCAGGAGCGCUCAAGCCUGGAGCCGUCCGUCAGGAGCGCUCAAGCCUGGAGCCGUCAGUCAGGAGCGCUCAAGCCUGGAGCCAUCCGUCAGGAGCGCUCAAGCCUGGAGCCGUCCGUCAGGAGCGCUCAAGCCUGGAGCCAUCCGUCAGGAGCGCUCAAGCCUGGAGCCAUCCGUCAGGAGCGCUCAAGCCUGGAGCCAUCCGUCAGGAGCGCUCAAGCCUGGAGCCAUCCGUCAGGAGCGCUCAAGCCUGGAGCCAUCCGUCAGGAGCGCUCAAGCCUGGAGCCAUCCGUCAGGAGCGCUCAAGCCUGGAGCCAUCCGUCAGGAGCGCUCAAGCCUGGAGCCAUCCGUCAGGAGCGCUCAAGCCUGGAGCCAUCCGUCAGGAGCGCUCAAGCCUGGAGCCAUCCGUCAGGAGCGCUCAAGCCCGGAGCCAUCCGUCAGGAGCGCUCAAGCCUGGAGCCAUCCGUCAGGAGCGCUCAAGCCUGGAGCCAUCCGUCAGGAGCGCUCAAGCCUGGAGCCAUCCGUCAGGAGUGCUCAAGCCUGGAGCCAUCCGUCAGGAGCGCUCAAGCCUGGAGCCAUCCGUCAGGAGCGCUCAAGCCUGGAGCCAUCCGUCAGGAGCGCUCAAGCCUGGAGCCAUCCGUCAGGAGCGCUCAAGCCUGGAGCCAUCCGUCAGGAGCGCUCAAGCCUGGAGCCAUCCGUGAGGAGCGCUCAAGCCUGGAGCCAUCCGUCAGGAGCGCUCAAGCCUGGAGCCAUCCGUCAGGAGCGCUCAAGCCUGGAGCCAUCCGUCAGAAGCGCUCAAGCCUGGAGCCAUCCGUGAGGAGCGCUCAAGCCUGGAGCCAUCCGUCAGGAGCGCUCAAGCCUGGAGCCAUCCGUCAGGAGCGCUCAAGCCUGGAGCCAUCCGUCACGAGCGCUCAAGCCUGGAGCCAUCCGUCAGGAGCGCUCAAGCCUGGAGCCAUCCGUCAGGAGCGCUCAAGCCUGGAGCCAUCCGUCAGGAGCGCUCAAGCCUGGAGCCGUCAGUCAGGAGCGCUCAAGCCUGGAGCCAUCCGUCAGGAGCGCUCAAGCCUGGAGCCAUCCGUGAGGAGCGCUCAAGCCUGGAGCCAUCCGUCAGGAGCGCUCAAGCCUGGAGCCAUCCGUCAGGAGCGCUCAAGCCUGGAGCCAUCCGUCAGGAGCGCUCAAGCCUGGAGCCAUCCGUCAGGAGCGCUCAAGCCUGGAGCCGUCAGUCAGGAGCGCUCAAGCCUGGAGCCAUCCGUCAGGAGCGCUCAAGCCUGGAGCCAUCCGUCAGGAGCGCUCAAGCCUGGAGCCAUCCGUCAGGAGCGCUCAAGCCUGGAGCCAUCCGUCAGGAGCGCUCAAGCCUGGAGCCAUCCGUCAGGAGCGCUCGAGCCUGGAGCCGUCAGUCAGGAGCGCUCAAGCCUGGAGCCGUCAGUCAGGAGCGCUCAAGCCUGGAGCCAUCCGUCAGGAGCGCUCAAGCCUGGAGCCGUCCGUCAGGAGCGCUCAAGCCUGGAGCCAUCCGAGCGCUCAAGCCUGGAGCCAUCCGUCAGGAGCGCUCAAGCCUGGAGCCGUCAGUCAGGAGCGCUCAAGCCUGGAGCCAUCCGUCAGGAGCGCUCAAGCCUGGAGCCAUCCGUCAGGAGCGCUCAAGCCUGGAGCCAUCCGUCAGGAGCGCUCAAGCUUGGAGCCAUCCGUCAGGAGCGCUCAAGCCUGGAGCCAUCCGUAAGGAGCGCUCAAGCUUGGAGCCAUCCGUCAGGAGCGCUCAUGCCUGGAGCCAUCCGUCAGGAGCGCUCAAGCCUGGAGCCAUCCGUCAGGAGCGCUCAAGCCUGGAGCCAUCCGUCAGGAGCGCUCAAGCCUGGAGCCAUCCGUCAGGAGCGCUCAAGCCUGGAGCCAUCCGUCAGGAGCGCUCAAGCCUGGAGCCAUCCGUCAGGAGCGCUCAAGCCUGGAGCCAUCCGUCAGGAGCGCUCAAGCCUGGAGCCGUCAGUCAGGAGCGCUCAAGCCUGGAGCCAUCCGUCAGGAGCGCUCAAGCCUGGAGCCAUCCGUCAAGAGCGCUCAAGCCUGGAGCCAUCCGUCAGGAGCGCUCAAGCCUGGAUCCAUCCGUCAGGAGCGCUCAAGCCUGGAGCCAUCCGUAAGGAGCGCUCAAGCCUGGAGCCAUCCGUCAGGAGCGCUCAAGCCUGGAGCCAUCCGUCAGGAGCGCUCAAGCCUGGAGCCAUCCGUCAGGAGCGCUCAAGCCUGGAGCCAUCCGUCAGGAGCGCUCAAGCCUGGAGCCAUCCGUCAGGAGCGCUCAAGCCUGGAGCCAUCCGUCAGGAGCGCUCAAGCCUGGAGCCAUCCGUCAGGAGCGCUCAAGCCUGGAGCCAUCCGUCAGGAGCGCUCAAGCAUGGAGCCAUCCGUCAGGAGCGCUCAAGCCUGGAGCCAUCCGUCAGGAGCGCUCAAGCCUGGAGCCAUCCGUCAGGAGCGCUCAAGCCUGGAGCCAUCCGUCAGGAGCGCUCAAGCCUGGAGCCAUCCGUCAGGAGCGCUCAAGCCUGGAGCCAUCCGUCAGGAGCGCUCAAGCCUGGAGCCAUCCGUCAGGAGCGCUCAAGCCUGGAGCCAUCCCCUGGAGCCGUCCGUCAGGAGCGCUCAAGCCUGGAGCCGUCAGUCAGGAGCGCUCAAGCCUGGAGCCAUCCGUCAGGAGCGCUCAAGCCUGGAGCCAUCCGUCAGGAGCGCUCAAGCCUGGAGCCAUCCGUCAGGAGCGCUCAAGCCUGGAGCCAUCCGUCAGGAGCGCUCAAGCCUGGAGCCAUCCGUCAGGAGCGCUCAAGCCUGGAGCCGUCAGUCAGGAGCGCUCAAGCCUGGAGCCGUCAGUCAGGAGCGCUCAAGCCUGGAGCCAUCCGUCAGGAGCGCUCAAGCCUGGAGCCAUCCGUCAGGAGCGCUCAAGCCUGGAGCCAUCCGUCAGGAGCGCUCAAGCCUGGAGCCAUCCGUCAGGAGCGCUCAAGCCUGGAGCCAUCCAUCAUGAGCGCUCAAGCCUGGAGCCAUCCGUCAGGAGCGCUCAAGCCUGGAGCCAUCCGUCAGGAGCGCUCAAGCCUGGAGCCGUCAGUCAGGAGCGCUCAAGCCUGGAGCCAUCCGUCAGGAGCGCUCAAGCCUGGAGCCAUCCGUCAGGAGCGCUCAAGCCUGGAGCCAUCCGUCAGGAGCGCUCAAGCCUGGAGCCAUCCGUCAGGAGCGCUCAAGCCUGGAGCCAUCCGAGCGCUCAAGCCUGGAGCCAUCCGUCAGGAGCGCUCAAGCCUGGAGCCAUCCGUCAGGAGCGCUCAAGCCUGGAGCCAUCCGUCAGGAGCGCUGAAGCCUGGAGCCAUCCGUCAGGAGCGCUCAAGCCUGGAGCCAUCCGUCAGGAGCGCUCAAGCCUGGAGCCGUCAGUCAGGAGCGCUCAAGCCUGGAGCCAUCCGUCAGGAGCGCUCAAGCCUGGAGCCAUCCGUCAGGAGCGCUCAAGCCUGGAGCCAUCCGUCAGGAGCGCUCAAGCCUGGAUCCAUCCGUCAGGAGCGCUCAAGCCUGGAGCCAUCCGUAAGGAGCGCUCAAGCCUGGAGCCAUCCGUCAGGAGCGCUCAAGCCUGGAGCCAUCCGUCAGGAGCGCUCAAGCCUGGAGCCAUCCGUCAGGAGCGCUCAAGCCUGGAGCCAUCCGUCAGGAGCGCUCAAGCCUGGAGCCAUCCGUCAGGAGCGCUCAAGCCUGGAGCCAUCCGUCAGUAGCGCUCAAGCCUGGAGCCAUCCGUCAGGAGCGCUCAAGCCUGGAGCCAUCCGUCAGGAGCGCUCAAGCCUGGAGCCAUCCGUCAGGAGCGCUCAAGCCUGGAGCCGUCCGUCAGGAGCGCUCAAGCCUGGAGCCGUCAGUCAGGAGCGCUCAAGCCUGGAGCCGUCCGUCAGGAGCGCUCAAGCCUGGAGCCAUCCGUCAGGAGCGCUCAAGCCUGGAGCCAUCCGUCAGGAGCGCUCAAGCCUGGAGCCAUCCGUCAGGAGCGCUCAAGCCUGGAGCCAUCCGUCAGGAGCGCUCAAGCCUGGAGCCAUCCGUCAGGAGCGCUCAAGCCUGGAGCCGUCAGUCAGGAGCGCUCAAGCCUGGAGCCGUCAGUCAGGAGCGCUCAAGCCUGGAGCCAUCCGUCAGGAGCGCUCAAGCCUGGAGCCAUCCCCUGGAACCUUCCGUGAGGAGCGCUCAAGCCUGGAGCCAUCCGUGAGGAGCGCUCAAGCCUGGAGCCAUCCGUCAGGAGCGCUCAAGCCUGGAGCCAUCCGUGAGGAGCGCUCAAGCCUGGAGCCAUCCGUCAGGAGCGCUCAAGCCUGGAGCCGUCAGUCAGGAGCGCUCAAGCCUGGAGCCAUCCGUCAGGAGCGCUCAAGCCUGGAGCCGUCAGUCAGGAGCGCUCAAGCCUGGAGCCAUCCGUCAGGAGCGCUCAAGCCUGGAGCCGUCAGUCAAGAGCGCUCAAGCCUGGAGCCAUCCGUCAGGAGCGCUCAAGCCUGGAGCCAUCCGUCAGGAGCGCUCAAGCCUGGAGCCAUCCGUCAGGAGCGCUCAAGCCUGGAGCCAUCCGUCAGGAGCGCUCAAGCCUGGAGCCAUCCGUCAGGAGCGCUCAAGCCUGGAGCCAUCCGUCAGGAGCGCUCAAGCCUGGAGCCAUCCGUCAGGAGCGCUCAAGCCUGGAGCCAUCCGUCAGGAGCGCUCAAGCCUGGAGCCAUCCGUGAGGAGCGCUCAAGCCUGGAGCCAUCCGUGAGGAGCGCUCAAGCCUGGAGCCAUCCGUGA